AUGUCGUUUAGCCAGCUUCUUUUCUACGGCCUUGCUGCGCUCUUGCUACUCUGCACCGCCGGUGCAGCCACGAGCUAUCUUGCGAUGCAAUUGCAGCUGUUUUGGGCCAUGCUUCUCGCUUUCUCCGUCGUGGGCGCUGUAUUGGCGAUCCUGUUCCUCGGUGUUAUUGCCAUUCCCCGUAACACCGCAGUGCCGAAAUGGCGCCCAAAAGACUCUCCCCUCCAUCUCCUCGUUGUUUUUGGCAGCGGUGGCCAUACUGCGGAGAUGCUCACCUUGCUUCGAAAUAUGGAUAUUAGUCCAGACAAAUUCGCCUAUCGAACCUACGUCGUAAGCUCGGGCGACAAUUUCAGUGCGACGAAAAUAAUCCAGUAUGAAUUAGCCCUUCACGGCCGCGGCGCAAGACCAGCAUCCUACGUAAUCGUCCAUGUUCCCCGUGCCCGCCGCGUCCAUCAGUCCUACUUUACGGCUCCCUUUACAACUCUUUUGUCUUUUUGGUCUUGUCUCCUUGCUCUGUGCAGGCGGCAUCCAGACCAGCAAUGCCUCAAUCUACCGGAGCAAUUCGUAUCGCCUUAUCCCGAUCUGAUCCUCACUAAUGGGCCCGCGACGGCGGUUUGCGUUAUACUUGCUGCAAAGCUCAUACGCCUGGGCCAUUUUUGUCGGAACUUCGUUAGGUGGUCUAAAUCGCCCUCUCCGUCAUCUGUGACCGGUGCAAAACCGCGCGCGGACCAUCCGGCGACGGACGAACUUCGACUCCGUACAGUGUUUGUGGAAUCCUGGGCUCGGGUAAAAACACUAAGUCUGUCAGGAAAGAUUCUCCUACCUUUUGCCGAUCGGUUCCUGGUCCAAUGGCCUGCGCUGGGUGGUAAGAAGGCGUGGUGGGGUGAGAAGAAGGCAGAAUACGUCCCUGGUCUCAUGGGUUGA